AGCCGACCCGGUUGUGUGCGUAGCGAGCGAAGCACGUGGUGCACAUCUCCGAACACAAAACUUUAUAAAAGGCCCUCGCUGUGCCGUGGAACAAACGCGCGACCCAUAGUCUUGCUAUUCCCACACAGGAGUACUAGCGGUUCACAGAAAAUGGCUCAUCCAAAAGAAGUCGGUGGCUACAAGCUAGGAAACCUCCUUAUCGAGGGCAAGACAAAGCAGGUGUUCGACUUGCCCGAGGUACCUGGCCACUGUCUCCUGCUGAACAAGGACCGCAUCACCGCCGGAGACGGCGUGAAGGCCCAUGACCUUGAAGGAAAAGCCGCUAUCUCCAACCAGACCAAUGCCAAAGUCUUCGAUAUUCUCAAGUCUGCUGGAAUUAACACAGCUUUCGUCAAAAUCGCGUCACCGACAGCGUUCAUAUCAAAAAAAUGUGACAUGAUCCCAAUCGAAUGGGUGACUAGGCGUCUGGCUACCGGAUCCUUCCUGAAGAGGAACCCUGGAGUACCAGAGGGCUUCAGAUUCACUCCUCCGAAGCAGGAGACCUUCUUCAAGGACGAUGCCAACCACGACCCUCAAUGGUCUGAGGAACAGAUCGUGUCUGCCAAGUUCCACAUUAACGGACUUACUAUUGGUCAGGAUGAAGUGGACUACAUGAGGAAGGCCACUAUUUUGGUGUUCGAGAUCUUGGAGAAGGCGUGGGCUCUCCGCGACUGCGCUCUCAUUGACAUGAAGAUCGAAUUCGGCGUGGACACUGAAGGUAACAUCCUGCUGGCUGACGUUAUCGACUCCGAUUCCUGGAGGCUGUGGCCCUCUGGUGACAAAAGGCUGAUGGUAGACAAACAGGUAUACAGAAACCUGACCACAGUAACAGCAGCUGACCUGGACACAGUGAAGCGCAACUUCGGCUGGGUGAAGGACCAGCUGGACUUCCUCAAACCCAACGUGCAUCACAAAGUAGUUGUCUUCAUGGGUUCUCCUGCCGACCAGGAGCAUUGCCAGAAGAUCGCCAAAGCCGCUCGUGAGCUCGGCCUAAGCGUGGAUCUCCGCGUGACAUCAGCUCACAAGGCGACCGAGGAGACCCUGCGCAUCAUGCAGCAAUAUGAGGACACGCAUGGAGCCCUUGUCUUUAUCGCAGUGGCGGGUCGCUCCAACGGACUGGGGCCAGUACUGUCUGGAAACACAUCCUACCCUGUCAUCAACUGCCCACCACCCUCCGAUAAAAUGGUCCAGGACAUCUGGUCAUCUCUCUCCGUGCCAUCUGGCUUGGGUUGCGCAACAGUCAUCUACCCCGACAGCGCUGCGCUAAUGGCUGCGCAAAUCAUCGGCCUGCAAGACUACCUCGUGUGGGCCCGUCUCAGAGUGAAACAACUCCACAUGGCCACCGCACUCAGACAAGCCGACCAAAAACUCAGAAACCAAGUCUAAACACCACAUUUAAUCUGUAAAACUCGAAUAUAUUUUUUGUAACUUUUUUGCAGUAUUUUGGAAAGUGUCCUAUGUUGAGCAGUGUUGCUCUUACUUGUAUACAAUGUAUUGAAAGCAAAUGCUGCUACAUUCCGUAAUAUUUUACUACUUAUAUGCUUAACAAUAAAUAUAACAUGAAAUGUU